AACUGUAUAGGACGACAUAAAGAGAGAGUAAGAAUGAGAGGGACAGAGGAAAUAAUGGUUCUUGGCGGUGCCCACAAAGUUACAGAAAAUGGUGAAAAUAACGACAAUAAGACCAACUUUUCCGGUGAUGGGGUAAGUGAGUGGAGAGAUAUUCCGGUGGAGCUGCUGCUGAGAAUCCUGUCUGCGGUGGAUGAUCGGACGGUGGUUGUUGUAUCUGGAGUAUGCCGGGGAUGGAGAGAGGCCGUUUCUUGGGGCCUCACUCGUCUUUCUCUCUCUUGGUGCAAGAAAAACAUGAACAAUUUAGUCGUAUCACUAUCUCCCAAAUUCCCCCAACUCCAGAUUCUAAUCCUUCGGCAAGACACACCAAGGCUUGAAGACUAUGCCAUAGAAAAAAUCUCUAGACACUGUCCUAAUCUGCAAGAAUUGGAUCUUACCAAGAGUUUCAAGCUAACCGACCGAUCCUUGUACGCCUUGUCUCAUGGCUGCCCGAAUCUCGUGAAGCUUAACAUAAGUGGAUGUUCGGCUCUUAGUGAUACUGCACUUAGUUAUUUGGCGAGCUUUUGCAGAAAAUUAAAAAUUCUGAAUCUCUGUGGAUGUGUUCGUGCUGCGACUGAUGAGGCUUUAAUGGUAUGGUCAAUGAGCCUAGCUUAUGGUUGUCCAGAUCUUAAAUCUCUCGACUUAUGUGGAUGUGUUCUUAUAACAGACGAGAGUGUAAUUGCUCUGGCAAACAACUGCCUCCACUUGAGGUCUCUCGGGCUUUACUACUGCCAAAACAUCACUGACCGGGCCAUGUACUCCCUAGCACAGAGCCCAGCCAGGCCCAAGAACCGCGGGCCGUGGGCCCAAGUUGAGGUGGAGGAAGGCCUCACGAAUCUUAACAUCAGUCAGUGCACGGCCCUGACUCCGCCAGCUGUGCAGGCAGUUUGCGACUCGUUCCCUUCCCUCCACACGUGCCCUGGCCGCCACUCUUUGAUUAUCAGUGGCUGCCUGAACUUGACGUCAGUGCACUGUGCGUGUGCUGUUCACCGUGGGCCGGCCCGUGUGUCUUAUUGGGCCCAUUAUAAAAUAAGGGGAGAUGGGUUCUUGUAUAAAACGACGCUUUGUCGGGAGACAUUUUUGGGGUGCUACUUUCUGGAUUCUGAAAUGUUUUCAUAU